AUGCCGCUCCUCGACGACCGGACCAACCAAGCCAAUGGGACAGCUCAUGCGAGACAGUACGCAGAGCAAGCGCAGAAACUAGCCAAUCUCCAGCCUGAGCAAGAAACAGAAGAGACAGGCUCAACGCAGGCUGUCCAGGCCAAGUUUGUCACUCCAUUGGAUCCCGUCGUUGAAACUGCCAAUGGCAAACGAUUACCGACAAUACCGCUUGAAGAGGCCGUGAAGCUCAACAAGCUAAAAGAUCAUGUGGAUGGUAUGGAAACACCACGAAGCCCACCUCGAGGCACAGUCAGGCCCGGCAAAGACGGCGCAGCUUAUGGAGCACGUUUGCAUUCUCCGCCUGCUGCUCAACGUGUGGAAGGUGCGCAGGACGAUACGCCUGAAGCAGCACUGGCGGAUGCAAUCCCUCCUUCGAGGACGAAUCCGCUCUUCCCACCUUUGCCUAUGUAUGGACCGCCUACCCUGGCGCGCACACUCCAAUGCUGGUUCUUCAUGAUGGUGUCGUCUGUAUUGUCUCUUGGAUUCCUGCUCGCCAUAUGUGUUGGUGCUGCUGCAGACGGCGUACCACGAGUGGCAAGCUAUGUGCGAAAGCGAUUGAUGCUACAGAACCCGAAGAAGAAAAGACCAUUCUACAGCGAAGAAAUUAAGCGUGCGCAAGAACGAAAAGCAGCUCAGCGCGCAUGGGUGCAGCAGCAGAGAGGUACCCGGACACCACAGAACGAGAAGGGCAUACCACAGGAUGGUGAGUUCGUACCAACAGAAGGAGGACCGGAUCCACUGGUUGUCGAUAUCGGAUACUACGCUCGACGAGUUGGUUUGGAUUCCGAGGAGUUCGACGUAGAGACAGAAGAUGGAUUCAUCAUAAAACUAGUACAUCUAUACAAUCCGAGAGAAUACGUCAAACCACCAGCCAAGAGUCACGAGGCGGACGGACCAAAAGUAUUUGAGAAUUCACCUCGAGAUUCUGGAUUCGCGGAAGCACAACCUUUUGACGACGGCAACAAGAAGUAUCCGAUACUCAUGAUGCACGGUUUGCUGCAGUCGGCUGGCGCAUACUGUUGUAACGACGACGACUCUCUGGCCUUCUAUUUGGCGAAAUCUGGCUACGACAUCUGGCUUGGUAACAAUAGGUGCGGAUUUGAGCCAAAGCAUACGCAGCUGAAGUACGAGGAUCCGCGAAUGUGGGCAUGGAAUAUCAGGCAGAUGGGUGUCAUGGAUUUGGCUGCACUCAUCAGCCGUGUACUGAGCGAGACUGGCUUUCCGAAGCUUGCGCUCAUUGCACAUAGCCAAGGCACGACGCAGACAUUCGUCGCACUGGCAAAGGAGCAACGGCCUGAGAUAGGCGAGAAGAUCUCGGUCUUUUGCGCUCUAGCACCGGCUGCGUACGCUGGCCCUCUCAUCGGCAAGAUCUACUUCAAGGUCAUGCAGUCAAUCGGACCAGGGAUCUUUCGACUCAUCUUUGGCAUACACGCCUUUAUCCCGCUCAUGAUGAAAGCACAUGGUUUUCUUCCGCCCACUGUGUAUGGAUGGUUCGGCUACCAUGUCUUCUCCUUCCUCUUCUCCUGGUCAGACCAGCGAUGGGAUCAGGGUUUGCGAAACCGCAUGUUCCAGUGGGCGCCGACAUAUGUAAGUGCCGAGAGUAUGCGAUGGUGGCUGGGAAGAGAGUGCUUUGCGAAGCAGAAAUGCAUCCUUGCCACCCGUGAAGAAGGCAGGCUAGAAGACAAAGAAGACGAGGAGGAUGAUGAGGUGAUCAAGCACUACUAUGUUGAUCGUGAACCGCAUGUCUCACAGCGGCGGAAGCUCCAACGUAAUCUGACGAGCUUCCACUGCCAGACUCUGACACAUCAGCACCACGAUAGUACACGAGGCAAGUAUGCUUGGUACGAUGACAGAUUCCCACCACUCGCACUCUGGGUAGGCGGCGCAGACAAUCUUGUCGACGGUCGCCGCCUCCUUCGCCGCUUUGACCGAGGCCGCGAGCCUCACGUUCGUGUCGUCCACAAGAAAAUAAUAGAAGGCUACGAGCACCUCGACGUAAUCUGGGCUCUUGACGCCAUCGAGAAAGUCGGCAAAGAAGUACGGGAAGUGAUCUGGCGAACCGCAGACCAUGACUCGCAACUUCUUUGCCGUACACCUGUAGGCUGCGAGAAGCCAUUAGAAGAGGAUCCGGACAUCUCCAAGGACGUGCCGAUGAUGCAUAGUGGUGGACGGCUGAGGAUGGCUUCGAUCUCGGAGGCUCCACCGGCUUUGGCAGCGAUCAGGGAAUCGUUGGGACAUAUUAGUGAGGAUGGGAAUUCAGGCAGGGUGCCGAGUACGACGACCGAUCAUAGCCGUGAAGUGGAGGGAGAGCAUGAGCAUGUCAGUAAGGAGGCUGAGGAGUUUGGAGAUGGGCCGAAUAGUGGUGCUCGGGCUUACACAGAGACGAACGGCAGCACAGAAAGGCAGACAGAUGGGCCUCAGGAUCGUACCAAUGGUCGACGGACUACAGGGAGGUCGAGAAAGCUUUCCGAAGCCGUCUUUACAGAUCUGCAGGAGAAGGGCAAUCCUUUGGGCUGA